AUGAUCAACAUCGAGUUCAUCGUGAGACCCAAAUUCCAGUGGGUGAUUCGAGGGGUGAACGGAGCUUCCACCCUGGUUCACGAGAGGCUCUCGCCCACACUCGGAAUAAGGUUCUUUCUUCCCCCUCGCUAUUUCUUCGACGGAGACUCGUCCCAGAGCAUCAUCCGUGAGAUGCUUUGGAAGGUGGGCAUCAAUGGGAGACUCCGGUUGCUCUCCAUUGGCGGUGCCGUGCAGUCGUUUGCGCAAGAGAUGAUUUUGUCAGAAUCGAAAAUGGGUCGCAACGAAUUGUUCUUGUUAGUAGAGAUUGAAGUGUUGAAUGUGAUGUUGUACGAUGAGCGGGUGGCUUUGGAAAGAAUUCUGAGGGAGUCAGAGGAGAAUGCGAGGGRAGGGUAUGGGGUGGUUCCGGCCUCCAAGUCGUCGAUAGAAGCGUUACAGAUGGUGUUGUUUGAAGACGGAAAUGCUUCGUCGGAGGAUUGCAGAAUAUGUUUGGAAGAAUUUGAAGCGGGUUCAUGGAUUUCUCGGAUGCCCUGUUCUCAUGUGUUUCAUAGAGACUGUCUUACUCAAUGGCUUUCGCAGAGUCAUUACAGCCCACUCUGCCGCUUUGAGAUGCCUACUUGA